UUGUUUGUGUCUGACUGUUGUUUCUACCACCGAUACUAUUUAUAAGGUGGUCUACCGAAAAACAUCAAUACGUUUCUUUUUUAUUCCUGAAAAUAAAAACAUGAUUUUCGUUUUAUUAUCUGCAGUUCUACUAGGAGUAUUCACAUACUCCGUAUGGAUCUGGUCAUAUUUUAUUCGAAAGGGCAUAAAAGGUCCACGUGGAUUCCCUGGAAUUGGAAUGUUGAUUCAGACCAUCGAUCAUGAGAAUCCACCGUUUUUAAAGUACAGGGAUUGGACUAAACAAUAUGGUCCUGUUUACGGUUUCACAGAAGGACCCCAACAAACUAUGAUAAUCUCGGAACCAGAGAUGGUCAAUGAAAUAUUCAAAAAACAAUUCGACAAUUUCUAUGGUCGAAAGUUGCGUCCAAUCAUUGGUGAUCCUGAAAAAGACAAACGAGUCAAUAUUUUCUCGACUCAAGGAAAACGUUGGAAACGUCUUCGGACACUGUCAAGUCCAUCUUUUUCCAAUAACAGUCUUCGAAAAGUGAGGAACUCUGUUCAAGAAUGUGGAACUGAAAUUUUAUGGAAUAUUGAGCAGAAAGUGAGGAAGAACGAAGAUAUUGAUAUGUUAAUAGUCUAUCAAGAGUACACUCUGGGAGUAAUUAGUCGCAUUGCUCUUGGCCAGUCUGAAUCGAACAUGUUCAAGAACCCAUUGCUGCCAAAAGUUCAAGCCAUUUUCAACGGUUCCUGGCAUGUGUUCCUUAUCACUGGAAUCUUUCCUCCGCUCGCAGGAGUUUUCAGAAAAAUGUCAAAAAUGCUACCAGCAAGUUUCAUUCCAGCCUUCAAAAUUUUCGAUUUAAUAGAAGUAGCUGUACAGGCAAGAAUUGAUCAGCGAGCUAAAGAUGAGAUAAAAGGAGUUGAGCCAGGAGAACCUCAGGAUUUUAUUGAUUUAUUCCUUGAUGCCCGAGUUCCAGACGUGAAAAUAUUGAGCGGAGAGGCGAAUGAAGAUUUUGCAAAAUCGAGCGUUGUAAAAAUCAACAAGGAGUUGACUUUCGAUGAGAUUAUUGCACAGUGUUUCGUAUUUUUAGCUGCUGGCUUUGACACAACUGCAUUAUCUCUCUCAUAUGCUACAUAUCUUCUUGCAACACAUCCAGAAAUCCAAACAAAAUUACAAGAAGAAGUGGACAGAGAGUGUCCAGAUCCCGAAAUCUUCUUUGAUCAUUUAUCGAAACUGAAAUAUUUGGAGUGUGUAAUGAAAGAAACGUUGAGAUUAUAUCCAUUAGGAACGACAGCAAACACGAGAAAAUGUAUGCGAGAGACAACAAUCAACGGGGUGAAUUUUGAUGAGGGAAUGAACAUUCAAGUUGACACAUGGACACUACAUCACAAUCCAAGAAUUUGGGGAGAAGACGUAGAAGACUUCAAACCCGAAAGGUGGGAAAACGGAGCUUGUGAGCAUUUGGAGCACAAUGGAUCGUACAUUCCAUUUGGCUCGGGACCACGUCAGUGCAUUGGAAUGAGACUAGCUCAAAUGGAGCAGAAGAUUUUAUUGGCUCAGAUUCUCAAAGAAUACUCAUUCAGAACAACAAAAAAUACACAGAUUCCGGUGAAGUUGGUAGGAAAGUUGACACUUUCGCCGGAAAGUGUAAUUGUGAAAUUGGAGCCGAGAGAUUCAUAAUUUUUUGUAAUUUUACAUGUAUAAAAAUUGUCUAAUUAAUAUUUAUUUUACUGAUAUGUUUUAAUUGAAAAAUAGCCAUAAAUAAAUCAAAAUAAAAUCAAA